UUAUAAUAUUUAGAAUCAAACAAAAGUUACUAUAAAGAAACCAAACAAGAAAUUACAUUUUCAAAGAAAGAAAAAAAAAACACAAGAUUCAAAAUUGAAGACUCAGAACCUUGCUCAGUUCUGAUUUUUCUUAUUCUCAACAACUAAACAGAAAAUAACUAUAAUUAAAUCGUAAUAAAAUAUUCCGUAAACACAACAAUAAAGUCCAAUAUUUCAGAUCGAAAUCAUCCAACACUUGUGAAUCGUUAAAAUGUUUAUCAAAUACAUAAAAAAAAAGAUUUAAAAAAAAAAAAAAAAAACCUGAAAUUAAACACCAAAGUCCUUCUCUCUCUCUCUAAAAUCUCAAUUUCUCUCUCUAAACCGCCAUGGUUGUCGAAUGAGGGGGACAUUGUCGGAGCUUUAUCAGAACUCCAAGAAUGAUUGUUUCAUGUUGAAAACAUGGUGAACUUUGAAUAAUGAUGGUCGUGGCAGUUGUUGUGAUCGGACGGUGGAGGUGAGUUUGGGAAUUUGGGGUUUGUCAUGGAUUGUCGAAUUUGUUCCGCGAGUGGAGACUCAUGGUUGAAACGGGCCAUCGGUGGUGGAGGAGAUCAAUAACUGGGUCAGAGAGGUGGUUUCAGCCAUUAGAGCGAGCAAGAUUGUUAGGAGCAAUGAACACCCCUCUCCUAUGUCUACUAAAAAGUUAAGUCAAUACCUUUAGAUGAAGAGAGUCACUUUCAAAAAUUUUCCAUUCUACAAUUUACAAACUCCAGUGAAAAGCAAGAAGAUAAAAGUUAGUAGCUUUUUCAGCCAGCAACUUGGGGCCUAAUUCGUCUCUGGAAAACAACAUUUUCAAGUGUUCAUGGAAGACAAAAUUUUUAAUUCCAGCGGAGGAGAAAAAGAUUUUGCCCUUUUGAUUGUGAAAAAUAUGAAUACAUAGCUGGUGCACAAGAUGGAGAUGAGAUGACUGAUCUUCAGCUUCUUGCUUGCAAUCCAUCAGCAUUUCUAAGUUCCAUCAAGGGACUCAUCUGCUCUUGUAAGAUCCUUCCUUCUUAACUGACUUUGCCAUAUAUAAUUUAUUUCUUUUCAUAUGAGGUUCAUUCCAUUGCUAAGACUGUGAUGAAAGCAAUCUAAACCUUGACUUUUCUUCUUUGUUCUUUCAUCAUCUUGAGCAAUAAUAUCAUUUUUAUACUUACAUUUCAACUAUGACAAUAGAUGACCUUUUCUUAUUAUUCAAUCACACUUUACAGAGAUCAUGUAUGGUGCAUGCCAUGUUGUUGCAAUCUACAAAUGCCAUAUAUUUGAAUACUCUUUGUUCUGAUUUGUCAAUUUCUAUUCCUUUUUAUUUCUCCGCUGAUAAGUUACAUCCUAAAUAUCACCAAAAAAAGAAAUUUGGGUUCUUACCGCGGUUGCUGAUUAUCAUGACACAAGAAAGGUAAAGGGAUUUAUAGCAAAGUCAACACCCUUGUUUCUCUUUAUUUGUUUUCAGGCCACGUUGUUGGGAACUAAAAAGUCCAUAUAUUUGAUUUUUAUUAGGACUUGUCAAUUUUAUUUAUUUAUUUUUGUUGAUAAGUUAUGUGCUAAAUAUUACCAAAAUAAAUUUGUUUUUUUAAAAUAAAAUAAAAAAAUCUGGUGUUGCUGAUACCACUGUGAUAGAAUAAGGUAAAGGGUUGUUAUGGAUAUUUAAUACCCUUGGCCAUGUUGUUUUAAUCUAAAAAAUGUCAUAUAUUUCAUUUGUUUUUGUUCUGAUUUGUCGAUUUCUUUUCCUUUUUUAUUUUAUUUUAUUUUAUAAGUUACAAAAGUAUUGUCUUUUCAGGUUUAGCUGAUCAGAAGCAUGUAAAGAGAUGUAUGGUGAAGUUGACACCAUUGUUUCUCUUAUAUUUGAUUUUGGAAGCCCUUUCAUUCUUUCAUAUUUGUCAUUUCAUGCUUUUUGUCAUGCAUUAUUGUCAAUAAUUAUUUUAGUUUUGAUUUCAAGAGAGUACUUCUUCUAGGCUCUGGAUAGAGAAAUACUUGUGUAUAUGAUGGUUCAACAUAGUCAAACAUAUUUCUCUUAUAGUUCUAUGAAUUCAUUCUCCAUAUAUGAAUGCAACUUUUAUUGAUUUUAGCGUUUUGUAAAACAGAAUCAUAUUACCGGAUACCCUUAUAUGAUGCAAUUAGGAUGAAGGAACAGAAGUAUGAAUCUGCUUUGAGACUUGCCAAGUUCUUGAUAAAAAAAUGGUACCUCAUGGAAGGCCACUGAAUCUGCGUCUGGCUGGGGUAAGCAGUAAGCUUAAUACCCACAAAUAUGGCCAAGAAGAAGAGGAAGUAUAAAUGACCCCAAUGAGUCACGCAAUGAACACUGUAAACACAAAGAUGUUCUGACUAGGAAAAGAUGAUCCAUAAAUAAGCUCUAUACUGCCCACCAGAUAGAGAAUAUCACCUUAAUAUUACUCAUGUGAAAAAGAGUGUGCUUUUGAAUAAAGAGAAAUAAUCAGGAAAAUCAGGGGUGAUUUCUCUGUCAAAAACUCCCAAGUCUCUCUUGUGUGUUGAGGAGAAUAGAAGAGUUUUUAUAAACAAAAUAGUCCAAAAAUAAGUAGGAAAAUCAUUGUAAGAAUUCUAUUGGACGUCCCAGUGCAACCGGUUGGACUUUGCAGGAGGGUGAAAUACCGAGAUCACCCCAACUGUUUCGGGAACCAGUUUGGAAUUUGGUUGGACUUCUCUUAAAAAAACAAUUGUAACUCCAAAACACAAUUUUCGGAGUCCUAUUCCAAUCCAACUAGAUGUGCAUAGUGUUCUCACACUCAAACCUAUUCUAAUUGAUGUUCUCAUCCAGAUCUACCUCGAACCCUACUAUGUCUGUAUAGUAUCCUCAGACUCAUACCUGUUCUAAUUGAUGUUCUCAUCCAAAUCAACCACCAACCCUACUAGGUGUGCAUAGCAUCCUCAAACUCAUACAUUUUCUAAUUGAUGUUCUCAUCCAGACUAGUAGUAUUGAUGCACAUUUUGUUCUGCUAUAAUGAUCAAGACGCAAAAUCAAAGAAUAAAAUUAUAGCUUGAUCCUUCUAAGUUUUGACAUCAAUAUUUACCGACCCUAAACUAAGUUUCUCACAAGUUUCACUAGUAAAAACAUCUUGAAUAGGGUAACUGAAAAGUGUAUGAUAAUGUUCAUUAUUAAUUUGUCAAUCAGCUAUGUUUUUCUUUAAUUGGGUAUUGUUCUAUUCCAUGUUAUUGGGUAUUGUUCUAUUCCAUGUUAUUGGGUAUUGUUCUGUUCCAUGUUAUUGAGUUAGUCAAGUCUGAAAUGCAUGACUAGAUGAGACCAACAUUUUGUGGGUAGCAGUAUUUUACUUGGUAGGAUUAAAAAUAUACAUUAUUACUUGUAUGUAAUAGCACAUUGUUUGUUGGUAAUGAACUGAAGAAAAUUAUUUGCUGUACCAAGGGUUGUAGCAUGUAGCUUAGUGGUACUUCCUUACCUUUCAAAAUAUAUGGUCGAGGAUUCAAGUCUUCAUAAGAACAAAGAAAGUGUGCGAGUUUCUUGUCAAGGUAAAUAAAUUAAUUAAUAAAACUUUGUUUGUUGUACCUAGAGAGAAUAGAUUGGUUUUAGAAGCUUAUGUACCGCUAAUUAUUCUUUUCUAUUAGAGCCUAAAAUGGAGCAAUUCCAUGUAAAUUUGAGAUUAAAUCAUGUUGUAGUGUUAAAUUCUAUUUGUGAGUCUGAAUCCAAGUUGGGUUUUAUGAACAUAUUUAUGGAUAAUCCAAACAAACCUUAAUAUAGUGAAAGGGGAUAUGUUUUGAUCACCUAUCAUCGAACCAGAUUUAUUUCUGCCCUGAAAUUCAAGAUAGAACCAGAUUUAUUUCUGCCCCAUUUUAAAAUUAAAUUUUUAUUUAUAAUCUAAAUACAAUUGAACGAAUUUCGAAUUGGAUUGCAUAACGAACCAGAUCAACUUGUAACUUUUUCAUUCGACAGUAUCGGGGACUACUUGCCACUUGGUUCAUGGCAAAACAAAAUUUUUAAGUAUUCUUAGAAGAGAAAUCUCUGAAUACCUGCAGAGAAGAGAACAGGGAGAUAAAAAAAGUUCUUAUGUAAUACCAUUUGGAGUAUGAACUCAAGUAAAUAAUUUGUAUUUCAGAAUCUAAAGACUUGGCCAAGCAUUCUGAAUGGUUUUAGAAUUGUAUGUACAUACAUAUAUUUGAACUAGUAUAUGUCUACUUCAGAAUAUUAGCUUUUAUACGUGGUCAGUGUGACUGCACAUGCAUGCUUAACUGAGAAGCUAUAGAUGAUGAGCAGUUGAUGAGAUAGAUCUUGUGAUUCACAUGAAUCAGAACUAGGUACUUUUAUUUAUUUAUUUUAUUUUUAUUUUUAUCAUUCAUUCUACAUUCUACAAAACUUACUGAAAAUAAAGAACGAACACAUAUAAAAAUAAUUCAAGAAGCAAUAAUUAGUUAUAUGGGAGUCUCGGAUGGUUUGCAAAUUCUGGAUACUCACAAUCAUCUGCAAAUCACAUGCGUUAUUUAAACCCAGGAUUCACAUAUGGUGAGACUGGAUCUAGAGACCUAAGGGGAGUAUCUCCAAAGACCUUACCAGCAGAAAUGCCUGUGCAGGCCCUUUGUUUCAGCAGAAAACUACAUACUCUUUAUUUUGAUUAUAGUGAUCUCUGAAAAUUUGAAAAUAACUUUUACUGAUAUAGACAGCCAUCUCUCAGCUCUUCACCUGGUUACUAUAUCUAAUCUCUGCUCUUGUUCGUUGAGGUACCUAACCAAAUCAAUAAUGCAUUUCAUUAACUUUAUCAUGGCAUUGUCUUUUUGACCUUGUGUGCACUUGUUAACAAAUAUUAUGCAUCGAAGGCAUGGAAUAUGUUUGGGAGCUUUCAUUUUACACUAUAAUUCUCUUGGUUCUGUUGUUUUUAUUCAUGAUGCACAUCAAAUUUACGUUCUCCUUUGAGCUAAUGAAAUCCUAUUUAAAAGUUACCUUCCUCGUAAUUUAAUAGGUAUAUAUCGGCAUCCAUUAAUGAAUGAUGUAAUUGAAGCGUAACUAUAUGUUCUAUGGAAAGGAAAACGAGCAUGUAGCUUUGUUGGUUUUUGUUUCAGUCCCAAUUGAUAAACUAGUUUUUGUGAAUCUUCAUCGGAAAAUGAAAUUCUUGGCCUCUACAAUUAUUUUCUUGUCAUCACUACUCUUUAUCUUUAAUAAAUCAAGCUUCUUUUCCACUUUGUUAUUUGAGUAAGCAAGUAGAUACCACUUUAUUUACUGUAAGCAAAGCACAAUUCAGGCCUUUCUUUUUUCGAAUGGUCAAUUCAUGACUUUAUAAGAUAAGAAAUGCCCUACUAAUGCACUAUUAAAGUGCAGUGCACAAGCAAAACAGAAGCUACUUCCUCAACUGUUGAACAAAGAAUUAGUACCAUGAUAAGAAAAACAGAUACAAGCAAAAUUUAUCUUGUUGAUAUGGCCCAGUUCCAUUUGGAAACUAAAGUGCUUGAUGUCUUGAAAAGUAGCCAAGAGAAUUUAUGUGGCUGGACCCAUUUUUAGGGAAUAAAGGCAAGGAUUAUGAUUACGAUAACGAUGGGUCAUAAAAAGUAGUAAGGCCCUAGUGAUUUGGAGGUCACUAACCUGAGUGACAUUUCUCCUACAUGGUGUCUGCCUAUUUAAAUGCAUGUGCGCGCACGCACUCACUCCAUACAGGGCUCACUCCUUCUGAAUUCCUCUCUCUCUCUCUCUCUCACACACACACACACACAUGGCUGUCAAAGACACAAAACAUACCUGUAAUAAGUAGCUGUACAAUGCUCUGAUGCAACGAGACUCGCACAAGGUGAUACAACUUUGUCAACAGAUUCCAGAGGGGCCAUUGCACAUAUUAACCAUACACAAUGACACUGUCCUUCACAUGGCUACUUACUCCAAACAAGAGAACUUAGUACUCGGUUUACUCAAAUUGGUGCCUGAAAGUCAUCUUGACAAAAUGACCCGUCAAAAUGAUGCUGGACACACUAUACUCCACGAGGCAGCUACUUCCAACAGAAUUGUCCCGGCUGCAAUGGAAAUGUUUCGCAAAUCACCAAAGUUGCUAGCUGUGCGCAACAAGUUUGGAGAUACAGCUCUGUUCCGUGCAGCCCGGUACGGCAAAACUGAGAUGUUCAAGUGUUUAGAUGGCGAACCCAGCAAAAACUUUGAAGGUGAUGGCAGAGAACAAGCCCUAUAUGCCUUUCAUCGAAGAGACGAUAAAACAACUAUACUUCACAUAUCCAUCCUUACUGAGCAUUUUGAUUUGGCCCUUUUGCGAUAAAGUACCACUAUUUAGUUGGUGAACGAGAUGGAGAUGGAAUGACUUCUCUGCAACUUCUUUCAUGCAAUCCAUCAGCAUUCAGAAGCGGGAGUAAAGUCAGUUCCCUCAAGCGACUCAUCUACUCUUGUGUUGUAACCGAAGAUACUAAUGGGAAAGAAGAAGUAAAGCAUUGCCAAAUGCAAAUUUUCGACCUUGUAGAGAAAAUGGAAAUCCCAAUGAUGAGGUUCAUGAGGAAGAUUGACAAUGAUGGGAACUCCAUACUGCUUAUGGUUGGGAGAAAAAGAACACAUCGUGCAGCUGAGGACAUGCGAAGCCCUGCUCUACUAUUGCAAGAGGAUUUGCUCUUGUUUGAGCAUGUGCAAAAACUCUCCAAAACCCAUUUCACGAAGCACUUCAACUCUAAGGGGGAGACUGCUAAACAACAAUUUGCCAUUAAUAAGGAUAAACUACCAACCCUACUAGGUGUUGUAACCGAAGAUGGUACUGUGAAAGAAGAAUCAUGUUAUCGGGUGCCCUUGUGGGAAUCAAUUAGGAAUCAAAAACUGAGGUAUAAGUCUGCUUUGAGACUUGCUAAGUUCUUGAUAGAAAAAGAUACCUCAUGGGAGGCCACUGAAUCUGCAAUUGGUCGGAGGAAGACUAAGACCCACAAAUAUGGAGGGUUCUCUGCUGUUACCAAAAGCCAAGGAGAGUAGAGGAAGUACAAAUGACCCAAACUAGUCAUGGGAGCACUGUAGACACUGCUGAAACUCCAUAAUUUCUAGCGACCAAAGGCAGACAUUAUAGAAAUUUUUGAUUGAUGAUGAUCGGUGUAAUAUCUUACACAUUGCAGUCAAGCAUCGCCAAAUUCAUAUUUUCAAUCUUGUAGAGAAAAUGAAAAUCCCAAUGAUGAGGCUCAUUAGGAAGAUUGACGACGAUGGGAACUCCAUACUGCAUAUGGUUGGGAGAAAAAGAAAACAUCGUGCUGCUGAGGACAUGCGAAGCCCUGCUCUGCUAUUGCAAGAGGAUUUGCUCUUGUUUGAGCUUGUGCAAAAACUGUGACACCCAUUUCACCAAGCACUUCAACUCUUAAGGGGGAGACUACUAAACAAGUAUUUAUCAUUAAUAAGGAUAAACUUCGUACAGAUGCCAAAGAAUAGCUAAAGCGCACUGCAGAAAAUUGCUCCAUUGUUGCUGUGCUGAUUGCCACUGUUGCCUUUGCCGCGGCCUACACAGUACCAGGAGGCCCAAACCAAAGUACUGGUUCUCCAAUUAUUCUCAACCAACCUUUCUUCGAGAUAUUCACCAUUACUGACGUACUCUCCCUUGCAUUCGCUUUGACAUCAGUGGUUACAUCUCUCUCCAUCCUCACAUCUGCUUUUCGAUUGAAGGACUUCAAAUAGUCUCUUCCUCAAAAACUGAUGCUAGGAGUUACAUUCCUGAUUUUCUCUAUUUCAAUGAUGAUGUUGGCUUUUGGAGCAACAAGCAUCCUAAUGAUAUGUAAUAAGCAGCAUUGGACAAGAAUCGCCUUAUACUCAGUUGCUUUCCUUCCCGUCACCAUCUUUGCUCUCUCAUACUUGCCUUUCUACAUGUCACUCGUGACUACUUUCAAGUACUCACUUAUGAAAAUAGGUUCGGCUUUCCCUCGGUUUAAAAUAUUUCCGUCUAACCACAUCAAAUCUCAGGCCAGGAGUUCCACCAGUUCUACCUACCCUUCUGCAACUCUAACCACUGAUUCCCUUGUUUGAACUGCCAAAUAUGGAACCUAAUUUGAGUGCAUCUUUAAAAGACCUUCUCAUCCUUUAUUAUUCUUUAUUGUCCAAGGUUAGAUCCAUUCAGCGAUUUCUAUACUUUGUUCUAUCUAGAUUUUUAAGUACUUUAAUAAACAUGAUUAAUAUGUUGUGUUGAGUCAUGAGUGAUAACUUGUGUACUGUAUGGUUCUAAA